GGAGAUCCCGGAGAGUAUAAGAAGUGUUCACACUACCAGAGCAGUACACACACUGCUGCUGACCGCUAGUGGAGAGCUACUUCUCCUCUUGUCUCCGGAUACAGAGCUGAGGAACAACCUGAGCUCUUUUUACGCACAGGUUCUCUGCCUCCAGAUUUUUUUUUUUUUGCAGAAACUGUUUCACUCUCUUUCCACUUUGAGUCAGAAUCGCUGUCUGUUUUUUCCUCCCAGACGGUUAAGUUUCUUUAGAUAUUUUGACAGUAUCGCAGCAUGGAGCCGUACACGGUCUCGGGGGCUCAGCUCUCCCUGUCAGAUCUCUACUCCGUCAUCCCCUUUAAUGUCACCUUCCAGGACGAGGAGAGCAGCUUCAGGCUGCAGAACUAUACGGAGAAGCAGGGUCCGGUGAAGAGCACUGGAGGGAUCAUCAUAGCCAUAUCCAUCACAGCUCUCUACUCCGUUAUCUGCGUGGUGGGACUGCUGGGAAAUGUCCUCGUUAUGUAUGGGGUGGUCAGGUAAAAAAAGACUCCUGCUUUUUUCCUUGGUGUUAAGUCAGGACUGAAGGACAAAUAUGUCAGAGAGGGACAGAAGACACAGAGCUGCACCUACAGCUCUGGUCCUAAUAACUUAUGAGACUUGUAAGAGACCCUUAGGCAAGACUUUUAAAAAGGAGUGAGUUACAGUCCUGCAACAGUUUGCUUCAUUUUGGAACAUUUCAAUUGAAUUAAAAGAUGAUUUUUGGUUUAUUUUUCAUCUUUUACAUACAGAAAAUUCCUGUUUCAAAGGAAACUUUGGUGCCAUAAAGAAGUAGUGUUUUGAUAACCUUUGCUAAAAGUAGGAACAUGGUACGUGACUGCAUAAAGGGACUUUUCAGAGAGCAUGGUAGGCUUUUUCUGUAUACAUAUAUUUGAGUGGACUUUUAUUGCUUCAUAAACAGAGCUGUUGUCUUAAAUCUAUACUGUCAAUCGACUGAUUCGACCCAGCAAGUGACCUGUGGUUCCUUGCAUGAACAGGAGAUUUCUCUUAAAGCAACACAUGCAUGUUGUCAAAUGUCCAGGUUAGGUUUGAGGAGAAUCAGAUCUCUUGUCUCAGAUGUAGUUGUUCCAUUCAGUCUGAGUCUGACAAGCAGCAUGUGUCUGCAGACUCAGAGGCUGCAGAUUCAGGAAUGCAAUUUGGGGACUGAGGGCUGUUGCAACUCUGCCUCACAGCAGGGAGAUUUCUUAUUUGAAAACCUUGGACAGGCACGAUCCUUUUCUGAGUGAUGUUUGCAUGAAUGCCUGAGUUUUCCCCGUGUGCUAUGGCUUCUUUCUGUAACCUAAAGACACAAACACCAGGUGAAACGGUCUCUCUAAAUUGUCUGUAGGUGUUUGGCUUCAUUUAGUGUCUGAUUUAUGAUGUAGGUUUCUAAGCCAGAAUGGUAAAACUAUAUUUUUUUCAUCUAUUUAAGUUUUUUUUUUUUUAAGUAGUUUCAGUGUUGCUGUGCUGAUAUGUAAAAAAUGAGAAAUAAUACAGGAGUUUUCUUCAUUUUAAAGCUGUGAGGGAUCCACUGCUUGACAUGUAUUUGAAGUCACAGUUUGUGUUUCCCUCAGCUUCUAAUGCGAUAUAAUGUAAUACACCUACUCUGUCUUUGUAUACAAGCACCUUGACUGAAAAUACAUGAUUAACAUAAAAAAAAAAAAAAAUGUUUACAACUGCUCUGCUUGUCCUCCCUCAUCAUAUUAAUUAAAAUGUAAUUGGUGUGUGUGUUCACCCAAUAACAUCACAAGCUUUAAUGACUCCAGAGAGGCAGGGAAAUAAACAAACAGGUUAAAUUCAUGUAAGAGGCUCCAGUUUUAGCAGAGAUGGAUAACUCAGCGAGGUACAGGCAAAGCAUGCAACACGAGUGCUCAUUUUCAGCCCACAAUCAUGACACUGGACUGACAGGCUGGACUGAGAGCAGCAGCUAGAUUUUGUUUUAAAUACUCAGUGAAAGAAGGAAAGGAGUAGAGGACCUGAGAGAAAAUGAUCAGUUUUGGGAAAAAGCCACAAGCCAAGACAGAGUUUUUCGGCAAGCUCCAAUUACUUUAUAUCAAACCUACAUUUUCUCCACUCCAUCAUUUUUCCAUUCAGGAGUCAGGGGGAGAAUAAUGGGCAAAGCAAGUCACUUUAGGCAAAAAAAGGAGGGUGUGGGUGAGGUAAGUGGGAGACAAAAAGGAGAUGGAUGAGCGCUUUGGAAAGCUAGUGAAUCAAAUUCUGCGCAGCUAUUUGUCUGGCAUUUGAGUUUGUGUGUGUGAAGAGACUCAUCAGUGAUUCGAGGCCCCCUUGAGAUGGCAGCAGAGGGAUGCUGAGCACAUUAACCAUUCCCGUCAGAAUAUAUUAUCUCCUGUGAAACAUCUGUAAUGUCUGCGAAGAGCAAACUUAAAAAAAGAGCAGAAAUAGAAAACUUAGUUAUAAAAACACCCCUGGUGUCAUUUUUUCUGUUCCUUUAUUUUAAAGCUGUCCCAUGAACUGGAUAGCUCAUAUGUUGUAAUACAUACAUAAAAUAUUAGGUGUCCAUACUAAAUGCAGACAGUUUUCAAAACACGAGAUGUAAGUCCUAAUUUGGCAUCUCUGAUCAGCUAUUUUCAUGAGACUUGGCCUGGACGUGGCACCAGACUGCUCUUUUUUUUUUUUUUUUUUGGACAGCGCUGAAGGACAUGUCUUUCAAGGAAGAAGGUCUUUCACAUUUUAUCACCCGGAAAGUCCUUUUUGCCACUCUGCCUUUUUCCUUUGCUCUGCACUUUGUUGAUUUAGUAUGUUUGUAAAGUUUCCGUACUUGUAGUUGUUAUUCUGGACAUAAAGAAAAGUUACAGCUGUUUUCUUCUCCCAAGAGAUGAAGAGAUUGGAAAACAAAGAGAAGGUUUGAAGUUUUCGGGGAAGCGGCCAGAAUGUAGCUGGAUUUACACCUGAACUGUUACUGAAACCUGUUGCAUCUCUAAAAACUUUGCAUUAAGGCUCAGAACCACAAGCUGUAAGUCAAAGUGAAACAGUAUGUAAUGUAACGUUAGCUAACAUACUGUAUAAUGGAGAGCAGGCAUGUAUACUAAUGGCUAGCCUUGGCACUCUUCUGUUACAGAUUAACUUUGGAGUUGUUGUGUAAAAGGUAACACCCACAAGCUUUGUCCAAUUUAAAAACAGCCGCAACAAAGUGUUUCAGGAAGAGGCUAAAUACCAGGAUAAGACAAAUAAGGGCUUUUUAGAGUUGCAAAUCAUGUAAAACUACUUGGAAGGCGUUCCAAACUGACAAAAAGUGAAAUGAAUUUGAAAUGAAGUCUUAUUUUUAAGCUAACUGAACAAAAACAAGAGAAACACUGGGUAGUUCAUUCAUGCUAGCAAACUAUCGGCAACGAGGCAAAAACUAGUUCUGUCUUUAUUUUAAUGCCUGAAACAUUUUAAACAUGUUUCGACAUCCUAUCACCAGAAACCGUCCUCUUGCUGCCAUUUCUUUCAGAAGUUAUAUCUUCUAAAACUUACUUGAGAUCAUCCUUAUGUGAUUUGUUUGCCCUGAGGAUCAGCCAACUCAUAAAUGCAGUAAAAGUCAUUAAUUUUAGAUGUUGCCAUUGACUGAGAUUCCUGGAUAGAGACCCUCAGAUGCACAGAAACCCAAUUUACAGUGGUGUCUGCAUGAAUGCCUCUGUCAGUGGGAAUUGGGGUUUUGGGUUAGAGUGGCGUGGAGAGCCCUCGGUCUGACUACAGAUGGAGAGGCUGUUGCUGACACUGCAGGUGCUUCUCUCCUACCUCAUUCAUGGUUGUUACAUCUGUUGGAUAAGAGCUGGCUGUGUGAUCAUGCGGUUUAUCGUGAAGUGACCUCCAUAUGAAAGCAGCCAGUGGAAGGCUGGCAGAUUAUCAACUGAGCUGCUUCUGGUGGACUCCAUCUCCAUAAAGACAGCAAUGCAUUGUUUAUGCUUUGGUAGAGAAAGAAGAUGAAGCUUCUGGGUGACUGACCACAACCUCAGGAGAACAGUUUCUUUCUUCAGGCAACUGGAAGAUCUGUAAGACCUUUGCUCUGCAAAAUAAGGUUGAACAUUAUAUCAUCAAGCACCACAACUGCAAUAUGUGCAUGCACAUGUAGUCACAUCCUAGGAUGUCCAAUGUAAGUCACAUAUUCUAAGACCUCCUGCUGUUGCCACUUCCUUGUAGUACAGGUUUAUUCUAGGAUACAAGACUGAAAGCAUUCAUGCCUGUUAGAGGUAGAGUAGACAGGAAUCCGUUAAAGAAGCAUCAUUUUGUGGUGUAUUUCCAAAAAAGCUUUUAAUAUCAGUCAGUAGCUAUAAGCUAUUGAUGACAUUUGAGAAUAUCACAAUUUUCGCUGUGUUCUCUUAAGUCUGUGUAGUCAACAUUUUAGAUUUUUUGAGCGUACCGCCCAUUCUGAUUGUAAACAAAGCCGUUCUCCACCUCCUUGACCUGAUUGGUUGUGAGGCAGACGCUGCUCCCUAAUGUUGUGAGGCACGCUCCACGUCCUCGAAUAACGUUCAUGAGCCCAAGCAAAGUUAGCGUACUACAAUAUCAGACAGCAGAAACCAACCGCAAAGUACAGAAGUUGUCUGAAUCCUCCUUUGGCCAUGACUGCCAACACAAACAAUAAAAUGAAGUAAAUACUGGAGACUCUGGUGGAAUAACGGCGCUUAAAACGGAGAUAGACCAGACAAGAGCUAAAAAGCCGGGUCAACAUCAAUGAAGCUAGCGAAGCAAGAGGGGACGCGUCGGGAUCUUACGGACCCUGUAACCUUUCUGCUGGACAGGUAAACCGCUUCAACAAAGUAAGCCAAGUGUCUGUAACAGAAGUGUUUCUUGUGAAACGGGACCUGCUGCAUGUUGAAGCGCCACUAAACUGUUUACCUUGGGCCCUGGACUAUGUCACUUUAUCCUAGUUGUAGAAGUCCUGCAAACAUUGUGUUUUCUGGUAGACUGUUGGCGUCUACAGUAGCACCAAUGCUUUUUACUUUCACGUUGACUGGGUAAUUAUCUGAACUAUAUAUCUGCAUUAUAUCUGAAUUUGAUUGAAACGAUACAAGUGAGCAGGAGCGUCUGUUUGUGGGCGGGGCUUGAUGAAGCAGAGAGGGAGGGGAGAGGAGGAGCUGAGGGGAAAACUGGUUGGGAGGGGAAGUUUUUACAUUCAAGAUUUCUCCCAAAAACUGGCACUUUCUCAGAGCCUGCCUACCCCACCUUUAAGGGUCUGUUACUGUUAUAGACACCCCUCAAAAUUCCUUCAGAACAGUGUUGUACUGUCUGUUUUCAUGCUUGUUAAUGUUGGAGGCUUACUGUUGGACCAAUACACAAAUGAGACAACAAAUGAGUGUUUGAUUUUAGAGUCUACAGCUGCAGUGCACAUACAUCAUGUUGAUGUGAAAACUAUAUGCAGAGGAAGAUGAUGAGUUUUGGUUUUAUAAGUAAAACCAUCAUGUUGCCUGCAAUGCAGAUUUAAUAUUAUUUUAAAUAUUGACCGAUUGAUUGUCUAGGUGCAAAUAAGUCUAUAUUGUUUCUCAUUUGGUUUAUGUUGUACUGAUUUGCUCUAUCUGUGCUUUCUUUCCCAUAGUGUCUCCUCUCUAAUGAUGCAUGCAUGUAACACAGUGUGGAAUAAGAAGGAAGAAGAUUUGAAUAUAUCUGGCAGAAAGAGAAAAAAAAUGCCCUUUUCAAUACUGUGCAGCCCCACCUUAUAUAUACAGUAUAUAUAUAACCUUAUAUAAUGUAAUUACAUUUGACGCCAAGGUUUUGCAUCAGUUCAAAUUUCCAGGACUAUCUUUGACAGAGUUCAAUCUGAUGUUGGAACAUUUUACACCACAACACCCAGCAGAAUUGAACUUUCACAGUAAAACAACACUGACAUAAAUCAUGAACCCUGCAGAGAGGUAACAGGAUGAUGAUAGAGUAUGACAGCAUGUGCACUGCAAGAGAUCUGGCCUGUGUCUAUUUCAUCAUACAGUAUUUUAUAUUGAUGCAGAACUAUAUGACGAGUAGUCAUUUCAUACAAGAGAUAGGCUGUUACAUAGACUGUAAUUUGCUCUCAAACCCCUUCUGACCUUUCCAGAUGAGAUGCGUCCUUCUGUUAUUGUAAGGACGUAUUGCAAUGCACUUGAAGUUGUAUUCAGGCACUGUUGCCUUUGUGCUUGCUCACUCUCUUUUUAAACAGAGUGUUAUGGAUUAUCCACCAAACUGGAAGAUUUAAUUUGAGAUGAAUCUCUUAUCACUGCACAAGGUUGGUUAUACUGAAUAAAGUAGGGAUUGGCAAUUCAAAAUAUUAUUUGAUAGUCCCUGGGAUCUGUAUAACCCCAUGCUCAGCACACAUGCACCCACCCCCACACACUCAUCACCAAUACCACUUGUGCACAAAUGCACCUAGCUUAUCGCUACUGAACAAAAGUGGACCUGAGAUAUUUUCUGCAUUUCUCCUUUCCAGCUAUACAGUAUAUUGUGAUAUGAAAAUAUAUAGAAAUUUAUACUAGGUAAAUGAGAUAAGUGAGCUUUAGAUUCAGAGAACUCUAUUUAUCCCAGCUUUUCACCUGCAUACCUUACACAAUCAAUUAAAUAAGAAACUUCACUUCCUUUACUGUGUUAGCAACCUCUUGCUUUGAGAAAUAAAACUGAUGCAGAGGUGCAAAAUCUGCAGUUCCUCAAAUGUCCACUUGAGGCUCGCUGCAGAAGCCCUCAUAAACACCCACUCUAAAGAGCCCAUCAAAACAUCAAAAAUUUGUUUGAAUAGAUUAGAGGUUUUUUUUUUAUUACUAUUAAUCAUUAGUCUUAAAAAUAUUAAUGCCAUGAAAUGUGUAUUAUUUGGAUAGGGCUGACUUAAAUGAGGCUUACUUUAGUUGCAACCAAGAAGGCUAGAGGCCCACCUCAUCUCCAGCUUUUUGCCUUUUGUAGACUGCCUGAAAGUUUUAAUAAUUUAGCAAUUCCAAUAUGGUGACAAUCCCCUACAAGCUUUAAAGCACUGCUUCAGGAACCAGUGGGUGAUGUCCCUGAGACUCUAUCCAUGUUUUACUCCAUCUGUGGUGCCACCAGUUAAGACAAGAAAAGAAAUACUCUGUGACACCAGUCCAAUUAAUGGACCAUAUCAGUGUUUGAAUUCUGUGGUUAGAAUUAUUAUUCUUUUAUUUUUAGGCAGCUAGGAAACAUAUUUCUGAAGCACUGAUGAAAACUGCCUGAUGAAAACUGCCAAAAAGAUAAUAUUUGUAUGUUUUCAAAUGAAUAAAUAUGAUAAUAUUUGUAAAAAAUUAUGACCCAUCCCUUGUGUAAUAUGAAACUGUCAGCACACUCACUAAACUAUAGAUUCAAGCAACUGUAAACUCACACUGCUUUAAUGGCAGAGCUCCUUUUUUCACAGUUUUUCUGGCAGGAGCUGUAUAUACUUUACUGACACUAGCAUAAAAUUGAGGGAAAACAUAAAUUUGCAGUCCUAAGUAGGUUAUGGAUUUAUAACGGUUGAUUUAAUGGUGUGCUGCAUCCCCAUCAGCGCUCAUACCCCUUGAAAUCAUGAUGGAGAGUGGAAAUUUACCUGAAAAUAGCCUGUAGUCUGCAGGAGCAUAACUGUUUGUCUGCCAACUUCCUGGCCUGAGUCAACAUGUCAGCUGUGUCUCACUGCCUGACUUCCAUAUUUCCCAGCAUUUAUGUCUGUCUGUGUGUCUGAGUUGGGUUUGUAUGACCCUCAGGCCCUGGAACACAGGAGAGUCCGGCUGUUUGUGAAUCAGCAGAGAAAGGAAAGCCAUGCUCUGUAUCUCAAGCUAGUGUAGAGAAAAGUAUCAAAAAUGAAUCAAACACUGACACUGCUGGUACCAUAUAGACCUCUAUAACCCCAACAAGCAAUUUAAGGCUAUCUGACAGCAAUAAUGAUACAAUAGAUGUAUCAAUAAAUCAAUACAUAAUUAUUUCUCUACUCUAAACAUUUCAAUGCAGCGCUUCAUUUUUAACCCGAGCCAGUUGUGACUCUAUGAUCAUGUUUCUGAUUUUGUCUUGAAAUCGAUAACAUGUUUCUACCAUCUAUGUCUGACGGAAGAAGGCCAAUUAUGUUCAGCUGAGUCCUGCCACACUGUGCUGGGUUUGUUGAGGAAAGCAAAUAAGUCAAACACCUGUCAAAUAAUGAUAUUUUGAACAUGUUAUGCAUCACUAUUAAUUACGUAAUGUUUGCAGCUUAUUGCAAUGCCAAAAAUGUGUCUUGUUCAGAGAUAUUUUACCAUUUUUGGUAAGGUUUUAUGCACAAUGAAGUGCUCCUUUAACCCUGAAUGGCUUAACAGAAUUUACAUACAUACAUGGCUAAAUGAAUAAUAAACCAGUUGCGGUCGACUCCGAUCAAUGGUAUCUAAGCGAACAGGCAGAAAUCGUUUACAUGGUCUAGAGACACAGAGUGGGUCAAUACUUUCCAGUGUGCCUGCACCGCCCUGUCUGAAACAUUAAAUCUUAUGAAGUGAAACCAGGAGAGGAGUACAAGGAGGAGGGGAUUGGACAGCUGUGACAGCCGUGUAGAAGGCAGUCAAACGAAAGGAAACAACCGAUUAAAAAAGAAAGCAUUGAACCAUCACAGAGUGAGCCUGUGAAACAGAAAAACAUCUUUUAUUGGGACAUUAAAAAGGCGUUUCAUAUAGAUUCCUGACACACAAUUGGUUUCCCACUCUUUCAAAAAGCAAUGUGGAUCUUUUGAAAGCCCCCUUUUUCUUUGAAUAUUUCUCUGAAUCAAAUGCUACGUAACCUGGGGACCAGCCGAGUGUUUGGCAAAACAAGGAAAAUGGAUAAGCCUUUAAUCAGACUCUGUGUGUUUUCACUGCUCACUGUGAAAUUAAAUUCUUGUCAUGUUCUUGCAGCCUUUGGAAAGAAGGUACAUUUUGCCACACAGACUCCUGCCGUAAAACCAUAAAAAAGCAUCCCCUGCAGCCGUUUCACCUGCUUCAUGCCACAUUGCCUGUACUCAUGCUGGUAUCCUCUUAAUCCAAGAGACUCUUGUGUGCCAGUGUGGAUGUUUCAUUAUAUCUCAAAGCCCAUGAGCUACUGCAACAUUUUCCUUUCCAAUUAUUUCACCCUGAUUUAUCCAUCUUGUGUAAACAAGAAAACCCAACAGUAAAGGGCAGCAGACUUGCAUCAUUUUCUACCUCUAGUUCGCCAUUUCAUCUUCACAGUAUAGCAGACUGUAUAGAAAAGCAUCCAGGCCCUUUCACUCCUUUACUUGUUUACUGAAGGAAAGUGAAGUGACAGCUGUGCUGCAAAGCAGGGUGCACUCAGUGCCACCCUGUCCUGUCAGCUUAGAUUAGGGGCUGAGGAAAGCCAUUUCUUAGGAAUCACAGUUCAAUAAUGAAAGUGACUCGGACCAUAGAGAUAUUUCAUUCCCCGUUAAAAAAAAGCUUUAGCUGCCAAGCAAAAGUAAAAAAUAAAUAAAUAUACUGUAUAUACUGUAUAUACAUGGAUAGUAUUUUUUUCCUUGUUGUGACUGACUUUUUUUUUUCCUUGAGAGCCAUCUUUACUCUCGGAAAUGAUCUUUUUUUUAAGCUUUUAUUUUUACAAAAGCAACAAGUGCUGAACAAAUUGUGCUUGCUGUAAAGACUGUUUACAUUAGAGCUGAUUUGUAAGUUCCAAGUCCUUUGCAGUGAGUAAAAAUUAAUAAAAGUCAUUAGAUAAUUUAAAAAAAUGUCUAACAGACAUCAGGCAGCAGUUUUUAAUUUUGUCUUGUCUGACAAAAAUAAAUCGAGUUGUUUUAUUUUUGAUGCUUCAGGCUUAUUGAGAUGUGUCCAAAUAACAUUGGAUUUUUAAGCUCCAAAGUCGAAUGAUGAAAGGAUUUUAACUUUUCAUUUACAGAACAUACAAGUUAUGUUCAAACAGAUUGUCUAAGUCAGUGGGAAUAAAACUCUCAGCAUUGUCAUCUUUGAUGACACCCUUGAAUAAAAGUUUGAAUUGAUGAUGAAAUGAAAGAAAACUGAAUGUAGCCUGGAGGGACCCUGACUUCGGUUGCAGUAAAAGGACUGUUUUUAUCAAUGAAGCCUGCUAUCUUUAGAGACAACAAUGUAAUGACUGUCUCUAGUAAGAAAAAGAUUUUCACAUUAAAAGAGAUUAAAAACAUUAAUCUCUGUUUGGAUUAUCUCUGCAAUGUUUUCAGACACUUUGAAUGUUAAUCUUAGCCUGUCAGCUGUAAGAACAAGCACUUUAAAUGGAUAGUCCCCCCUUAAGCCUUUGGGACUUUGCUUUUCCAGUACAGCCACAUUGGGGCAUAUGUCUGCAACAAUACAAAACAGCAAAACAAUUUACACCAGAGGUCAUUAAUACACCAAAAUGUGGAGAAUAAGAAAAGUAAAAUAUCAGAUUUCACUUCACGCAAAGUAAAAGUGACAUCGCGUUGGAUAAAUCCUGUUGCAUACAGCAACAACCACAGUCCUCAUAUUUAUUUUCCAAAUGGUGCAGUUCAUGCAGUCAUCACUAAAUAUUAUGUAUAUACCACAAGUUUGUCUCUCCUGUGCUAUGGUAGAACAUGGCGAUGCAAGAUGGCGCACUCAUUGAUGGGUACCCACUCUUCAUGUAGAUAUCAGAGUAAUCACUUCUCAUCUGAAAUGACAGUUUUUUUCUUUACAACACCCUAAUUGUAGUCAGCAUCUCCCUCUCUUCUGUACUUCUGUAAUUUUUCUGGUGCCAUAUUGGGUUCCGACUUGCAACGUGUUCCCCCCUGGAGAAAUAAAUGCUGUGAGAAUGGGGCUCUAUGUACACAACACCAUUGAUCCAGCAUACACUGCAGCAGCUCCUGAAAAUGGCACACUUAAACGAGAUCCAACCAUUUAUCAUGUAACAAAUUAUUUAGCUUUUUUAGCGAUGGCAGAAAAUUACUCAUUCUCUACUCUAAAAUACAACUGAAAAAAUUGUAUUUAUACAUUUUACAUGUGAUCCAUAUUCAUCUGAGCAGAGAGAUGCAGACCAUAGUGAUGACUUUUUCUGGUGAUGGAUGUUGGACCUGAUAGUAAAUAAUGGAACAACUGAUGGGACUCUUACGCUGCAGGCUUUGAACAUUCACUUCAAACUGAAUUAUUACAUUAUGCAAUAUUUAAGCCCACAUGGUUUAGUCACAAAUACUGUAUAUCCUCAGAAGCCAGCUCCCAACACAGUCAUCUGAAACAUUGUCAACUGAGCUCUUGAUGAGCAGAAUUACUUAGAUACUAAUCUGGUAGUCAAACUCAAGCUAACAGACUAUUAUGAAACGACUACAGAGACUGAGUGAGAAAACAGAAAAAAAAGAGUAAAACAAAUUAGCUAUUUUAAUUAAUGGAGAUUUUAAAUUGCUUCAAAUGUUGACUGCGCCAGGAGAACAUUGCUGAUGCUCAGCUCCCUUGGGAUGAGAGCAUGGGUAUAGUGCUGGUGCAGAGCAGUAGUGACAAUAACAGCAGAGAGAGAGAGACUGUAAAUCAAGUAUGGUGAACCGUUGUGUUGUUUGUCUGUAACCUGAGAAUGGCGCAUGUUGAAUGUGAAAUGUGUCAAAGGUUUUUUCCACUGGAGGCAUGCAGACACAAUGCACAAUACAAGACAAAUGAAUGUAUGGAAUAAACAUCUAUUAUUUUUACUGCUUUAAGCAGUUACACAAUUUGUGUGCAACUGUUAAAUAAGCAAGAACAAAUUUUGGUAAAACAUCAUUAUUUUUUGGGUAUUUUUCUAGAAAUUAAUAUAAGAAGCAAAUAAAACAAGGGAGCUGAGACAGCAAAACAAGACAGCCAGUCACUCUGGGUUUGUUCAGAUAAGUUCUAAAAAGAAGUGAAGCCUUUAUCUAAAACUGUAAGGGCUAAGACAGAGGUGACAACUCAUUGUGUGAACAUGGUGACCAGUUCUAUUUAUUUUAUCUUGCCAGGGUAGGUCACACUAAGACAACAGUGGGCUGCUAUACUCCAGGCAACCAAUUGUAUAAACACUGAUGGUCUGACAAAUGGAAAGGCAAUUAUAAGUUUAUUUGAUAAGCAACCUUCAUAAAUGGCGCAGUAUUCAUUCUUUGUUUACAGACUGAUUAGCAACUACAUAGAAAUUGAUAUGAAAUAGAUGCUGCUUUCAAUGGAACUUACAAAGUCAUGUGAUGAAGUUGCAGACUUAAUUAAAUGGUAACCCAAAGGGAACGCUGUUGCUAGGCAACAGAAACAUGGAUGCCACAGAUCUACGGCAAACUUGACAUUAACAAUAGGUCUGCAUACCAUACCAUAGAAAGGUUGAAGAAAUCUAAUUGUGUCUAUUUACCAUCCACCAAAAAACUGGAUUCCCUCGGCCCCACAAUUUCUGAAAACACCAUUGAGAUUUUGACUUACAUUGUAAGUACCAUUAAAAGGGAGGAGUUCAGAAGGUCUCAUCUGACUGUAAGCACAACCCCAUUUGAAUGCACCAGGAGACAUUGUCAUAUUUACAGACAACAAACUGCUCUACCUUAACACAUAAUAAUAUCCAUUGUACAUAAUCUUAUCAAUAUCAUUGGUUAGUUUUUUCCAUGUAAGUUGGAAAAGUUUAAAAGUUAACAGUAAGUCGUUGGUGGUAAUGAUAUUGGAAAUUCUGUCUCAGCCUAGCUUUCCAUCAAUAUAGAAAAAGGCCCUCUGCAUGCCAAGUCAAGAAAAGAGGAAGCCAUGUAUGUACAAAUUGCAAAUCUGUGCCCAUCACUAGGAAACCUUUACAUUAUCCAUUGGGUUCCCCAAUCCAAAACAUUCUAUAGCAUCAUAUCUACUCUUAAUUACAGGUAAGUUUGACUUGCAGGGUAGAUGUGGAUGAAGUUUGACUUGCAGGGUAGCUGUGGAUGUCUCGGAAAUGAUCUUUUUCUCGUUAUCUGAGAGAAGCAACUGUGUUUACUAUGAAUGCCAAGUUAUAAUCUGCGUGCCCAGUUUGCAAAUAAUGUUUCCAAAUUAUGAAUCUGCACCCACAGAUUAAGUUUCCGUACUUUGCAAACCAUGUGCUUUGAUUUAUUAACCAUACAUGACUUUCUUAUAUAUUUUUUUACCUGGCAUCUAUACAAAGAUUUGGAACUGAGGUUGGCUAUAAACUAGAACACACCAAUCAAGUGAAAUCAAUCUGACUCUGGAGCUUAGGAGACCAAAAUGGUUCCUUCUCUUCCAUGGCGACUAAACCUUCUCACGUUGUAAACAUCUAUGAUUUUGUUGUAAAAAACAAUGUGAAACCUAAAUGGGUCUCCAUUUCCUGUUCAGCCAGCCUCAAGUGGACACUCAAGGAACUGCAAUUUUUUUUUUUUUUUUUUUUCAAUUCCCCAUCAGUUUAAUUUUUUAACACCGUGAUAAUGGGCAGAUGAUCCUGUGCUGCUUUCUUACACUAUCCAAUAAGUUAGGAAAUAGAUUAUUUUGCCUUUGAAUAUGACCAUGAAUCUCAAUAUGUCAUCACUUUCUUUUGUCUACAGUUAUGACUCAGUCAGCAACAGCAACUCAAUCUUAGUUUAAUCUCAUUUAAUCUCUGUUGGGAUGGCUUUUUGAUUAGAUCUAUUAUACCAAUAUUGAUGUGACAUUCAUGGUUAUCAUCUGCUGUUGUUUCUUCCUCAUCUUCUUUCUGUUUAUUAUGUGUGGCACCUACCGAGAACACCCACUACGAUCACCUAUGAUGAGCCAGUAAUACCCAUUAGUCAACUCUGGUAUUUUGUUACAGCCUUCAGACACAUCUCAAUUGUUCAAGGUCAAAAAUUCCCAUCAGAAAAGAACAGCACAAGAUGAGAGUGUAUGUGAUAUGACUGUGGAUACGCAACCCCAUUCCCAUCAGUGCCACCACACAGUGCCCUUGGUUACAGUGUAUCUCAGCAGUUUUAAUUAUCAGCAGAAUAAAUGUCCAUACUUAGCAAUUCAACUUGGCUGUAUUCUCAUGGACCAGAACAAUAAGCAGUACCAGUGGUAUCAAUAUUAUCCUUUUCAUUCUGCCCCCAUUAAAAACAACAGAUACACCAUCAUUAAACUCAAUAAUUAAGGAACAGAAAAUAAUACAUAAGAUAGGUUUCACCAAUUCCACUUAGUAUCGGCUUAAUGUAUUCAUGGACCAUCGCGGAAUUGAAUAUUUAAUGAAAUUUUAAUCUCUACUUGUCCCUCUGUGCCUUAAGGCUGUCCACUUCUUCGCAUGUUAGUUUGAGUGCUAUUGAAUGUAGUGAUCUAAAAAAAAUCCUGUUAUCUCUUGGAAAACUAAUGCAGUUGAGUUUAACACAGAGCAAAUAUAUCUCGGAAGAGUUCAGAUAAGAGAAAUAAAGCCUUAUGCCUCAGAGGAGAAUAUCUGACCCCAAUAAGUCAAUAUUACUGUAUCGUUUCACAUAAAGUACAGUGCUGAUAAUUGUUUUUCUUCAAAUUUCUUAAUCUCUAACACAAUUCAAAUCACAGUCCCACACUGAAAGCCAAGUCCAGGUCAUAAAAUAUAUAUGAGCCUCAUUUAAACAGAAGUAUUUUCUUACCACAGGUCUCUGAUGCUUUCUUUGUAAGUAGGCUGCUAGAUCAGGGGCCAACAAGCCAAUUGUAACCAUUAUCUCAAAUCACCCAUUUAAAAAAAAAGUCUAAGCUUUGAGGAAUUAGCACCAGCGACUCCCAGCUUUACACUGCAUACCCAAAACAUGAGGGAAUUAACUCUUUAUGUAAGCCAUAAAACAUGCUGCGCAUAUCACUUUCAAAUCCCCGUGUCCCAUAACAGAGACUCCCAUAGCCAACUGCUCCCAUUACAGCUGCUACUUAUUACAAACACUUUUUUUUCUUCUUCUCUGCUCUCUGAACACAACCAGAUACACCAAGAUGAAGACUGCCACAAACAUCUACAUCUUCAACUUGGCCCUCGCUGACGCCUUGGCCACCAGCACGCUGCCGUUUCAGAGCGCCAAAUACCUCAUGAACACCUGGCCGUUUGGGGAAAUCCUGUGCAAGCUCAUCAUCGCCAUCGAUUACUACAACAUGUUCACAAGCAUCUUUACCCUCACCAUGAUGAGCGUGGACCGCUACAUCGCUGUGUGCCACCCAGUCAGGGCCCUGGAGUUUCGAACACCAGUCAAGGCGAAGAUGAUCAAUGUACUCAUCUGGGUCCUGUCCUCUGCAAUCGGGGUGCCCAUAAUGAUCAUGGCUGUGACCAAAGUGACAGAAACUGGUGAGAUAAAGCUUUAUUUCCUCUCCAUUUUAUCUUUGAAGGUCACUUCAAGAUUCCAUGCUCCGUAGACCACUCCUUUCAAACAAGAUGAACCAUAUACAGUUCAAUCUGUAUGGCUCAUCCAUCUGAAUCUUUGCCAUAUGACAAAAGAACAGACUCAGAUCACAGUGGAAAAGACCUUCAAGACGCUUUGAUCUGCAUAAUUAGCUUUCACUAUGCCAAGCUUUUGGUCUUUCAUCAGUUUCCAUGUCACGUAAAGGAAAACAGAGAAUAAUGGUAAUUAUGAAUCGAGUCCUAUCCGUGCUCCCGAAUGAAACAUUGUGGAUCCACAGAGAGAAAGAUGGGACAAGCCUUUGAAACACUUAGACUAUUCAACCCUAGAAUAACCCAUUAAAACCAGAUGAUAUAUUUCUAUGAAGUAUAUCUUGAUAUAUGGUUCAGGGUAGUUCCUUUCGAAGGAACUGCACAUCUUUUCCUCUUCACUUAACAUCACUAACUUCACGCUUCUACGAUUAGGGAUGGGGCCGAUCCGAUCCAGUAUCGGUAUUGGGUUCCGAUACCAACAUAAUCCACGGAUCGGAAAUUAAUAUCGCGAAAAUUUCUGAUCCAUUAGUCUUGUCUCUGCUUUAACUGUGUCUGCUGAAAUGACUGUACUGGUGAUUCUUGCUGGUCAGUCUGCUAGCUGGCUGCAAAUUGCACAAUGGAUUUCCUGAAAGGAGGCAUGUCUCAAUGAAGCAUAGAGAUGAGACACGCCUCAGUUAAGGACAUCACACAGACAUAUACUUGCCUGUAGAGAGGAAUAUAUUACAGCCUCAUAAAAUAAACAAUAAUGCUAAUAAUGAUGGUAAAGCUAACAGCUGUGGUAUCGGAAUAGUAUCGGUAUUGGCAGAUAUCCAAAUUUAAGAAUCAAUAUUGGAUUGGUGCAUCCCUAUCUACGCUUAGCCACGAAAAGCAUCUAUUUUCUUCUACAACUCACCAUCCCAAAUGAGCUAAGCUGAAUGGGAAACAGAUUUCUGCAAUCUGCGCCCCUGCCUCAGUAAAACAGCUGUAUGACAUCCAGACUGACAGUAUGAAUGUGUUUGCGAGACCUGUCCAGGCAGAAGGCUUUUCACCAGUCAGUUUUGUCCUGCUUGAGGUGUCUGCCCACUUUUGAUUCUGUUUUUCCUCAAUGUGUGUAAACCGCUUUAAGACUUUUUUUGUGUGAAAUAUGGAGCUUAAAAUAUUGAUAGAUUAUUUAUUACUUUUUAAUUUACAGGUCAAAUCAAACUAUGGAAGCACAUAUAUAUUAUUUUAUUUUGUUCGUAAGCUUUCUUUUUUUAGCCACAGGAUUUGAAGUUUGUAGAGUUUGUCAUUCAAAAAUUAUACUCCACAGCACAUACAUUUGUAAUUUCUAACUUUUUACCUCGUCUUAUCACACAGUACUUCUCUAUAAGUUUAUCCUCAGUUCAGUAAACAUUUAUCUGUCCACAUGAGCUUGAUCCCAUAACCCUACAUGAACUUUUUUCUUUUAACUUUUCCUGCCCACUUUCCAGGUAAAACCCUGUGCAUGCUGAAGUUUCCGGAUCCUGACUGGUAUUGGGACACAGUGACCAAGAUCUGCGUCUUCAUCUUUGCGUUCGUGGUUCCUGUUCUGGUCAUCACCAUUUGCUACGGCCUGAUGAUUCUGCGCCUGAGGAGUGUCCGUCUGCUCUCGGGUUCCAAAGAGAAAGACCGCAACAUGCGACGCAUCACCCGCAUGGUCCUGGUGAUAGUUGCAGCUUUCAUCAUUUGCUGGACCCCUAUCCACAUCUUCAUUAUUGUGAAGACUAUGGUGGAGAUUGACACCAGGAACCCCUUUGUGAUAGCAAGCUGGCACCUGUGUAUCGCUUUGGGCUACACCAAUAGCAGCCUCAACCCCGUCCUCUAUGCAUUUUUGGAUGAAAAUUUCAAGAGAUGCUUCAGGGAUUUCUGCCUUCCCUGCAGGACCCGUGUGGAGCAGCACAGCCUGACCAGAGGUCGCAACACCACCCAGGAGCCGGCAUCUGUCUGCGCUCCAUCAGGGCCAGGGAAGAAGCCGGCAUGACUAGGCAUGGACCGGGUCCCCCACAGCUCUCGCUCGAGGAGGAUCCAGCAAGAUCUGCAGUCAGAGGUCACCCAGAUCUCCACAACAGAAUUUUAAAAGAUCCAAAAAAGAAUAAGCAAAGAAAGUUUAACAGUAUGAGUCAUGAGUCGGGGAGUUUUUUCCUAUUUGGCUGAUUUACAGGACAUGCAAAAGAACAGCUGAAGGAAACGAAAACAAAGUUCAGUCUGUUCUUUUCUAUUCGAGCGCUCAUAACAAAGUGGAAUCUUUGUUCUCACAGACAAUGGGAUGCCUUAAAGAGGCUGUGACAGUAGAUGUAUAAAGCCCCUAGAGAGGACUCAAGUUUUAAAUGAGAGAAUAUAAAUCAAAAAGUAUUCAGCUUGUUUUUUCAAACCUCACCGAGAGAGGACUGGACUUUUUGAUGAUGCAAAAAGGACAAAGCAACACCUGCAGGCUUCUGUCUUGUCAAACAAAGAAUGCAUAUUUCAGACACCAUCCUUCAGAUCUCACCGCAAAAAAAACAGACAUGAAGAGGGUGAAAAAAGGUAACAGACAGACAGAAGGGUGAAACAACAAGCUUUGAGAACUUCUUCAAAGGGAACUCGCUGGUACAUUCAGAUCGACAAAUGAGAUUUGGAUGUUUUGAAGUAUUGGGGAAGAAAUCGAAUCAACAUCGGAUAGAUUUAUCGUCAAUGCAAACACAAAACAAAUGAGCCCUGUAGAGCAGGUCUGCAUGACUUACACCCACUGACAGCAGGAUGAUGAAUUGUGGCAUAGGGUUUUCAAAACAAGAUCAGCCACUUUACACAUGUAUGAGAACAAACAUCUUGAUGCGGUAAUUGUAUGAUUCAGCCGGCCUCUUUUUGCAGCUGAAAUUGAAUUGAUAUCCUUUUACCAUUUGCCUCUUCUAACUGUGUUACAGGAGAACUUUGGAGCCUAAUGUCAUAUGGAUUUCAAACUGUCGCGUAUCAGACAAAUUCACAAUCAAGCCUGGGAAGAGGGUUUCUGUGUUGGAUGGAAAAAUCUGGAAUACAUUUAUACCACUGAAUUUUUUUGUAUGGACAUCUUUCCUGCUCAUCUAUUUGACUUUCAUGCGUUGUCUGAAGCCUGCAGAGAGACUCUGAGCAGAAUCCCAAAGAGAUAAACCUGCCACUGUAGAAACACGGCCGGCGGACACAACUACUCACUGGUCUGUUGUUCAAAACACGCAGUUGGUCAAAGGACACUUUGGAAAAGGGGCUAAGAGCGACUUCAUUAUUGCGUAGUCGGAGACACCUUUCAUGAUGUCAACAAACUGCUUGAAGGAGAUUAUUGAUCUGCAUGUUAAAUGAGCCUGCCAUCUGUUUUUCUGAAAUAAGUAGCACAUGUGCAACACACUGAAUGGAAGAAUAAGAGGGGUAAUUUAUUCUGGGUAAUUUAUUUACCCUGACAGAUCAUGAAACCAAUCAAAUUGGGGACAUCAAUCAAUGACUGCUGUAAAGGUAAUGAACUUUUUAACUCGGCAUUCCAGAUGAGAAGUGUCGGAGGUAAUGAAGCAGAGUGUAUCAGGAGUCUCUCUCACAUGGAAAUGCUCUGAAAAAUGUGCAGACUUGGAAAACUGUCGUUAUGCCAUUGGUUUGUUUAAUGGUAAAAUUGCUGGCCUCGUAUUUCAUGACAGAGGUAAGAGAGUCACAAGUAAAACUUUGUAUAAAUGAAAGGUUGAAUGAUAAAAAGUAAGCUGUACAGUUUACUUAAUGUACUUAAUGUACAGUUCAUUAAGCCACUUCAGGCAUGCAUUAAACCAUCAUGAUUUAAAAUAAAAAUUCAAUUCCAUCAAAGUUGGGAUUCUGCAUUUAAUGAUGAUUAAACUUGUAUUUGACAGUCUGCCAAUCAUUCAGAGCCUAAAUGUCAUUGAAAAUGAUGAAAACACGAAAUCUGAUUAUUUUCUUUUAGAGUAUACAUGCUAAUUUUCCAAUUCAAUGCUCUCUGCAAGUUUAAAAUUGUUGGGUCAGUGACAUCAAAACACUGAACAGGUUGCACAGAACUUCCGGAGAAAUAUCUUCAAACUAAUUAAAAAGUAGUUUGCUACAAGACUGCAUUAAAACCAGACAUGACUGAAGUGGAAAUCACCGCUAGGAGUAAAAUUCACUUUCAGAAACCAUUGUCUGUUAACAUAAUCUUUAUUGCAGACUUAAAGUGUGACAUGCCUGGAGAAUCUCAUCAGUGAACAUAAUCCAGAAAUGCCAGAAAUGGUGAGCCCAUUUAGUGUGAAGUGAAAACUUUCCUUGGGUCUAAACCAUGGUCUGUAUGAGGAUGCAGAAGUGCACACAGCAUGGCUUUCUUACACAUCUGGGAAGACACCAUUAAUCUUGGACAACAUAUACAGGUUUUGGGCCAGAAGACUGCCAUACCCCUGUAGUUGAGACCUUAAAUAAUCCAGCGAGAGGCUGCAAAAUGACAAUUUGCGCACAUUUAAUAGAAGGGUCUGAGAGUUAUAGUCGAGUUCUCACCCACUAAAAAACUAUGGCUCAUCAUGUCACAUUCAUGACAUGAAAUUAAAUCACAGACAAGGAUCACAAUACCCCAGUUCUAAAUUUGUUGAAACAUGCUGGCAUUAAAUUUAAAACUGCUUUCCAAAACCUUUUUUUUUUUCCAAUUUCAAUUUUCAAUUUAUCAAAUUUAGGCCCUCAAUGUUUGCCAAAACAUGAAAUCCUGGUUUUAUCAACAGUUUACACACUAUCCCAACUUUGAUGGAAUUUGGGUUUUGUGAAAAAAAUUGUCAAUAAAUGUGAAUUUGUAGACAAUACAAAGCUUUUGCAUUUGAACAAAUCCGGCUUUAGCCACAGUUACAGUCUUUUAGGUGUGCCUGUUAUUCUCUAUGCUAUCUUUAUAUGUUUUGGAUCUCAAUAGUUGAACACAUUGCUUUGUGUGACUUAUAUAUAAAAUAGAGAGGAAAAAAAAGGGAAAGUAAAGACAAUGACUCUAAAACUAAUUUGUACUCUGUUUACAUAUUCAGCAGUUCGCUUGUGUGUUGACUGCCUUUAUCCCCACACACAGAAGAUAAGUACUGAAUAUUCUAUGUGCAGUGAGACAUCAACUCUUUUUGCAGCAUGAUACAUUCCUGCCGAUUUUUUCAUGAUGUAUCUCUGCUUAGCUUUUGACCAAGCGCUAAGUCUGUCGGGUAAACAGGAUACCUUAAGCUAAUUAUUAUUUUUGAAAAACUCAUAUUGUCAUGUAAAGAAAGAAUGUGAGAAAUGUAUAGAAUUAGUUUGACAAAAAAAAUGGGGAGGGUGUAGAUUUUCUUUCUUUUUUUUUUUUUUUUUAAACAAACCAACGCCUGAACCAAUAGCUAGGUUGUUCUCAAUAAUUGGAAGCUUGCAUUAAAAAAAAUAAUAAUAAAAUAAAAAAAAUCAGUAUUAAUUAAAUGUGAGGACCUGUGUGAAUAAAUCUCACUUUACUGUUAUUAAGAUUGCUAAUAAAAUGUGUUUAAUUGUCUAAUUUUUCAUUAACUUGUGUAUCAAUGUUAUCUCCACUUGUGAGACUUUCUUGUUGUUUUUUACUCAAAUCUUCACAGACAUUUGAUUGUCAGUUACGCUGCAAAACAAAGCAAAUGUUGUCUUCUUGUAAAAUAUGUCUGAUUAGACUUGACUCACAUCCACAUUCACUUGAAAAAUAGACGUGUACAAAUGUGUUAUUUAAGGAUAUCAAGAGCCACAAGUAAUACCUGAAUUGUGUGUCAUGAGUAACAAAAUCUGACAAUGGUGUAAGACAAAACUUAGAAGUCAGCUUCCUUGAAAUAUCAACUUGUUUUUAUUUUGCGUACCCCUGUUGCAGAAAUAUUUACCCAUUACCAGCAGCUCAGGUCUAACCUGAAAUAAGAUGUCACCCUGGAUUUGUCAGGAGAAUGUGUUUCAGGUCUAUAAUGAGACAUUUCUUUGUCAAGAAAUAAGAAAAACAUAUGCUCACCUUUGAGUUAUAACAGUGUACACAAAAUCUAUAGGUACUGUGACACGUUUUCUUGUAAGAAAAAUAUUUUCACCUCUCUGUCAGGCACAGUGACAACAGCAUAGUAGCUGAGGAAUCCAAGUGUUGAAAAUCAAUGCUGGCGAGCUAAUGUUACCUUAAUGGCAGAAUGAGUUUGAGUUCUUGUCCCGCAUACCUCCAGUACCACCUAACCCUGUGCCCUUUGACCUUUACCAUCAAUAAAAACAAGAGAAGACCAUUAACAAGGUUUGUACCGUGGCCUUGUUGGAUAUCUGACUCCGGCUGGCUUUAGGGUAUCAAUUAACUCCUGACAACGGACAUCAAUCAAUCUGGUAAAAGGAUAAAUGGAUCAUUACAAAGGGCAAAAUGUCAAUAAAAAAUAAUGUUAAUAUCUUAAAGGCAUUAGGUAUUGAUUACAGGAUGGGGGGAAUGUUAAAUGUCUGUCUGAAUAAACAGUUUAAAAAGGAGUUUAAAGGAACCAUGUAUUGGUCCCAAAAAUCAUGUUACCAUGACGUUUUUGAGAGUAAAUGGCAUGGAUACUAAUAUAGAACAGUGAAUAGCAACUAAUAGAGACAAAAAGGAGGGAAUUAAAGACAAAAACACCAAACGAAACGAUAAGGCAACUAAAAAACACAAACUUUCUGCUUAAAAACUACUCAAACACAUAUACUGUUUAGUCUGUGUGCAUUUUUUUCCUACCACAUAUGAGCCAUCAUGCACACUCUUAUAAAACCGCAGUGUACAGUAUCAGGUGUAAAUGUGGCAAAAUAUGUUGCGGUUCAGUAAAACUAUUCACUUAAAUAAUGUCAAAAUUUUAGAUGACACAUACAAAAUGAGGUUGAAUAGAAAAAGGGCCAAAUAAGCGCUCUUUGAUGAAAAUGUGCUGUUGAUGCGGGGCACUGUCACUUUAAGAAUGGCUUCCAAAAUUCCACAUGGAUACACACAGGAUCACAGAGUCUGUAGUUCAUACAAAACCAGAGUUUUAUGUUAGCAGAGCUAGCACCACCAGCCUUCACUUCUGUUUGCAGGUUGACAAAGCUUAUUGGUCGAUAUGCAGCAUCAUCUGCAGCAUGUUUGUUUAAGGCUGGUUAGCAGUGCUUUAUAUAGCAUUGUAGUAGUCAGCAUUAACUAGAUUUCUAGCCCCCACUGGUGGCUUAUACAACUAGGACACUGUAGGCGAUUGGCAAGUUAAAUAUUAAUUACUCGUUUGACCAACAGGUAACUCUACUGCUGGUUGGAGAGGAUGACAGGAUUUAAUUCUAACUUGACAAAACACAGAUAUUCCUCAUCCCAUCAUGUACAAUCUGGAAGAUGAUGAUGAUUAACAGCAAAGUUCAUGACUGGACAUCUAGAUUCAUAAUUUAGUUCAGAUUGUAUUUACCAAAUGUCAACCAAUCUCAUCCAUUUAAUCCCGUUAAGUGCUUUUAGCUCUCUGCACGUCUCACAGCUCAAAUGUUUUACAAGCUGAGUAGACUCCCGUUAUCUCCUGUUGCCAAGGUUAUCAAAUAUUUGCUCUUGUUCAGUGGAACAACUUGUCCGACGUAUUGGACGUUAAAGGACAUUAUUUCAGGAGAUGGUCACAGCCUCAGGUGUAACUGGAGAAACUGAGUUAUUUGUGAGAUAGUUAAUUAAAAGGAAUAGUCUGAUCUUGAUUCUUCUUCUUUUUUGGCUUUAGGAUAAUGUCCCUCAAGGAUUCCAUAAACAGAAAUUGAUGGUCUCGUCAGUAGCAGGCAUGUUCUGGCCUCGAGUCGAUUAAUUCCUCAUAACGCGCACCUCUUCAGGCAUUAUUACCUACAUUUCCCAGCUCAUUCCCAUAACAUAUGUUCUCCCUGGCAGCUUUUUCGGCACCAUUUCGCACAUUGAAGCCAAUUCUCAAAAUGAAUUACAUUUAUCAAGCACACCAGCAGCACUUCUUUCAGCAUAAUGACUCAAACUGAGAUUUUCAUGAGCUGUAUCUCUCAUCGUCAGACAGAAUAAUGGUCCCAGUCAUUGGCAGCCUUCCUCAGAGCUUUAAUCAUUUGCACCCUAGAUUGUUUCCUGAUCCUUCACAUAAAAACAAGAACAAGCAAAACAAAAAAGGUGGAAAUACAUGGUUGUACACUGGUCAUGUCUCAGACUCAUGUUUAUCACAUAAAAGUACAAAUUCCUAUGCCACAUAACCUGAGCAGAGUACAGGUUGGAUGCAGCGCAGUGGUAGAGAGAGCUGUCUUUCGGUCUUAGGAUUUAAUCCUUGCUCCAUCAGUCAUAUGACAAAGUAUUCUUGUACAAAGCAGUAUCCCUCACUUCGCACCCCAGUGACAUAACCAGUGGUGUGUGCACACAUAUGGAAUCAGUCAUAUGUGUGUGAAUAUGAUGUGAGCAGGUUUGUGUUAAGAGUAGUGUAAAAGAGAGACUAGAAGAGUGUUAAGCACAAGCCUAUUUUAACCCUUUAAGAGCAUAACUUUAAAAGGUAAACACGAGGAAACAAUCACUUAAAAGUAUAGCUUCAUAAAGAAAUGUUUGGAUAGGAGGGGUGGAUGCUACCAAGGGGGAAAAAGGAGCAUGAUUGCAUUUAUCAGACAUUCCUGUAGCAAGUACACAGAAUGUAACUCCAUAUCCUCACUAUGGCCCUGAAAAAUCAGCUAAAUCUUUCAUAAUAACUAUCUCUGAGAAACAGAGCAGAAUACAUUUAAGGAGAAUCUAUAACAGUGCAUUCUUACUAAGCUACUUUUGUACAGUUUCUUGAGGAUUUACCAUGCACACUAUCAUGCUUUGUGUUACAUUUAAUCAAAAAAUAAACAUCCACAGCCAAAAGAAAGGCUUAAGACCUUGUCACCUGUCUACCUGUCUACCUGUCGCUUGGCAGCCCUACGCCUGUGAACACCACAGCUUCUCAUUCCUCUAUUGUUAAACUGUGGUGGAUUUAGAGAAAGGUUGGGCCAUGUUACUGGCGAGCCACAGUGGAGUCUUGCUGAAGCAGACCCACAUAUGCUCCACUCAUCCUGCCAGGACCGGCUUACCAUCUUUGCCCAGAAAGCUCAAGGCUUUGCCAAGUGACUCUGCCUGGCAUCAGAAGCUGUGCCCUUCCUUUCCUGCCUCUGCCUUUCCAGGCAUCACACGCUCCUGAUAACCCAAAAGCUGAAAUUAUGUCGUGAUAAAAGUAAUAAGUGAUGCUCGUUUGGUGUGACUCACCACUCAGAGAGCAUUUGAAAUGAAUCAUUCUGUAUGCGAGUGUUUCUUCAUCCUCUGCUAUAAAGUCAAACGCCUCAAAUAUGUGCCGUUAUCCCACACACUCUGCCUUGCAAAGUGUUGGGGUGACAAUGCGCCUAGUUCAGUUUGAUUGUCAUAUAACAAACUGUUAGCUGCCACAUUUACACAGAGCUGAGAAGUGGUCGAACUGGAAAACAAGCAUUUUUUUUUAAUGGAUUUUUAGGUCACUUAUAUUUUAGUCAAUGCUUGAUGAACCCCCUUUGGCAUCCUUCUCCCGGCACACUGUGUACAUUGCCUUCCUUUACUUGUUUUGAAGUGCUCAAACUCAACUAAUGGAUGUUGCAUUAUCCUUACUGUGUAUUUAUCAGACUGUUCUUUUUCCAGUCACAAAUUGCAAAAAAAUUAUAGCAUUGAUGCAAAUAUUUGACUGCACUAAUAAGUUUAUUUCAGUUUUGUUUUACUUUGAAAAAUAGGACAGAAAACAAGAAAAAUUACACAAAAAACUAAUACUUCAAGAUUUAAAGUCCUUAACUUACAAGAAUUAAGUCAAAACUAACUAGAGUCACUAAAAUUGUAAUAACGUAAUAACUUACAAGAAUAAAAUCAGAAUAAAGUCCUUGUGUUCUAACCUGUUGUUUGAGAUGACAGUAUUUGAAAUGAUAGCCAAGGAGCAGUUCGUGAAAAUAAACUUAAAUAUAGGUUUCUGAAACAAGGUUACAGCACCACAUUAUCAUAACUAUCAUAAUGAUUUUAUUAUGACUUUAUUCUUGUAAGUGAUGAUUUUAUUAUGACUCUAUUCUUGUAAGUGAUGAUUUUAUUACGACUUUAUUCCUGUGAGUUAUAACCUAAUUAUGACUUUAUUCUUGUAAGUAAUGAUUUUAUUAUGUAUUUAUUCUUGUUAGUAAUGACUUUAUUCCUGUUACUCAACGACUUUAAUCUUGAAGUCUUUUUUUUUUCCCCCCUUAAUGUGGCCCAAAUAACCCGUCGGAGAAAAAUGGGUGAAAGUUGUGUACUGUAAAUUUCUCCUUUUUAAACUUUCAAGUUCUACAGUAACUAGGGGGUGUUCCAUCAAUAUGGGAACCGAACAUGACAGCAGCUUAUGUUGGGAUAGCUAAAAUACACUAAUAUGGUUAAAUUUAGAGUUAAGAGGGUGCUAACAGCUAACCUCAGACAUGUUUUUUUUGUAAAGCUUCAAGUUUCUGCUCAUUUCAUGACUACCGAACCAUCUAAAAAGUAACACCAAAAAGCUGUGUGUAACUUUAUAUCAUUGGAAAAUCAUCUAAAAUUAAGCGUUUUAGGCAGAGGCUGAUUGGUGUAGAAUUUAGGGUUUUCAGGGACACCACUAUGAGUUAAAUAAAAAGCUACUCUUAAGGUGUCCCAGACUGGCACUAUAAGGGUAAAAAUUAGUUUAAUAGGUGCAGUGUUGUCAUAUUGCUUCCUAUGGUGCAUGUGCUGUAUAUAGGCUUGAAAUAAACCCCGUGCAGCAGCUGGGUUUGAGGCCAGAAACUGAUUACUGGAGGAAAACGAAAAGAAAAUAAGCUCUAAGAAAACCGCAUGAGCUCAAUUUCAUUUGGUCACUUAGAAACAAGGAAACCAGAAGGCAUAAUUUAUUUUUUCUUGAAAAUGAUAAAGAGAACAAAAUAGAAUGAUCCGUCUUGCAUAUGACCAUGAUUCAAUUAGAAAAGUGGAGGGUGCUUCAAAAUAGUCAAUCAUGACAUUGAACUGCAAAGUGUGUUUCCUCCAGCUCUCUGAUAAACACAGAGGAGACAGCUGAAAGCUGCCGCGCAUCCUAGAGUGUGCUAUCCGGCACUAUCAGAAAAUUAAACAUCCGCAUCUCCUCUACAAAUUUAGACCAGCAUCCUGCAAUCACCAUGGAGACUGAAAGCACCACAUCCACGGCGUGCUGAAGUGAAAGAGCUGACAAAUUUCAAUUUAAUUAUGGAGGUUUCCUUCCCAAGCAGCCACUUAUCAAUUACCCGGACAGCUUUAUCCACAACAACAGAAAAGCCUUCCAGCAGAUUGACCGAGGCCCGACCACUCUAACAACCAAGGGGAAGGCUUGUAUCCCUGAUGUGAUACCCAGCCGCAGUUCAAUAUGCAUUUUCUAAUAUGUAAAAUGUGCUACGGCAGAAGCUCCCACAAGAGCACUCUGGAUCUUGAUGAAAACCCCUGUCUCAAUGAAAUGUGUGAGACGGCAAUGUGCUCUGACAGAAAUUACCACCAACUGUCAAUCUAUUCAUUGUGAUAUGUUUAUAAGUAUAUAAAGUAUAUAAAGUAAUCUGUUUGUUUAGUGUUUUAUUCAUAUUUAAAUUUGACUCAUAGCAGAGAGAGACAAACAAAGAUUCUCUAUUGUUGUUAUGCACACAUUUGGUUUAGAAUUGGUAUAAUGGAUGGACCUGUCACUGGCAUCUAAUUAGCUAGUGUAAAAGUCAUUCUCAAGCCUUUGUAAUAUAUUAACCAUGCAUUAAUUUGGUUUCAGACACAGUAGAAAAGUGAGUGUACAAGUUGGAAAAUGCUCACAAAUCUUCAAGUUGCAACAAAAACUCUGAAACUCUUCUUUUUCUUUUCAAAAACUCAUGUAAGAUGCACUUUCCACUCACGGUAAAAGGGAGCCACAAACCCAAGUGGGUCAUACAGAGAGGAUACGAUGGACAAGAGACCACGAUGAGUUGGAGGAUGAUCUUUUGUUGUCCACAUUGGGUGACUUUGAUUCAUCAGAAAGUUCCUUAGUAACAUCAGCGUGGUACUUCACACUUGAUAACAAGUCAGUUAUAUUAGUUUGAGUAAUAUUUGGAAUUCAUUGGUGUUAAACAUUGAUCAAAAAGUCUGUCAGCUAACAUGAAGUCUAACUUGAAGAAUUAAAAGCACAUUUACAAACCGAAAUUGGAGGAAUAACUUUGCAACUCAGAAACUGGGACCAUCCAAGGGGUGCAUGAAUGCAGCAUAUGACCUCAAACCUUCAAGUAAAAGUAUUUUAUGGAGAAGCAGGGCAUUAAAAGCUGCUACUACCACCUAAAACCUAAUAUUUAUUUUAAAUCAAAGCUAUUAUACGGCAGAUAUUACCUCAGAUUGUUGUGUGCCAACUUAAUUUGGCCUCUGGGGUUCAGCUGAAGCAAAGGCGAGGACCCUCAUACCAAACCUAAUGAAGUAAUAUUUUCUUGAAAACCAGGUUGUCCAAGAACAGCUCAUUAAAAUAACUUCCCUGCCCUCUCUUGCUCAGUCCAUUUUCUCGAAAUAAAAUUGUCAUUCUUGCUUGCUGACCCCAAAGGGUUCUCAGCAUUUCCACUGAAUUAGCAAAAUUUAUAAGAAAAGUUCAAAGUCCAUCAUAACAGAGAUGAGCUUUGGGUAGUGUGUUAUAACCCUGCCUUUCAAAGGUGGUAAGACUAUACAUGAGCACAAUUAAAGCCUGAUCUGGCAGAUGUAGGGUUCUCUCAUUCUGUCAAAUAGAAAGUCUGGCAUGUCAGAUUUUUUUCUGCUUUGUCUUUUAUGUUCCAUCACACCAAUGACGUGACACAGAGGGCUCAAAUGGGCACAAAAGCCCAAAGCAUAAACAAACUUAAUGGGGAAGCAAAUGAAAAAUGAUAAAAUUGGUGCUGAGAGAUGGAACUUCGAGUCAGUAGAAAAUGAAUCAAGCCUGGGCACCAAUAUCUUUGCUUGUAUCAUUCAAGCAGCAACCAAUAACAAACUGAAAAAAGAGAAAUAUUGGUGAGAAAGAACAGCAGCUUGGUCACUGCCAUUAGCAUAAGAGCUUCUUUUCAUGGUCAGCAUUUCUAUGGUGAUGAGUGGUCAAGGACCACUGUUUAGUCGGUCAUGUUUGGAGGUCAGUCAUGGCACAAAUAUAUGGCUUCAUAAUUGCAAGAUCUGACAUGCAUAGCGGGUUUCCAUGACCGCUCUGAAUCAAAUUAAAGUAGAAUUGGGAAAAUGGACCAAUCAGGAUAAAUGACACUUUCAUCAAUUCAAUUACACUUUAACUGGAAGAAAAAGUGGGUGGGUUAUUUCUUUAGUUUUCCAAUUUAACAGCCAUAUAUACACUCUACUUCCACUGUUUUGUGGCAUGCUUGUUACUCAUCUCUUGUGACUUUAGAUUGUUGAUGUUAAAAACCGGUUUGAGUCCUUUUGGAUAUUAGCUUUCAUUAAAAAGAAGAUGAGAACAACUCCUAAUCCAAACAACAGACAGUGGAUCACUAUCUCUUUUAUUGCGUUGGGCUGCUAUGUCAUUGGUGGCUGUGAUGUGAGUCACGCUGCUGUGCUAUCUCGCUAUGGAGGGUACGUUAGCGUCUCAAUCAUGUAAACACUACAUUGGAAUUGUUGAUGCUCACAGAUGACAUCAUUUUCAGUCAGAAAGUUGUAAACCAACCUUUCGACCAUCGUAACUUGUGACAAGGUUAGCAUGUGGCGUAGAUUAUUUUGGCAGUCAUCGUAUUAUGAGUUGUUAGUCAUUUCGAGUUUAUGAGUAAAAACAGUCAAAGCACGUCUUUCAGUUUAUGAAAAAUGAAGUCAUUGAAUACAGUUCAUGCACUAGAUGUUUGCCUUUAAGAACCUUAAAAAAGCAAGUAAAUUAAAAUUACUUAAGCGUGAAGCAAAACUGAAGAAGUUGCACCACUGGCUGUACAAGUUAAAGCGAAAAGUUAUUAUUUUUUUUUUCAAUCUUAAAAAAGUUGUUUUGUGGUCUUUUUUGUUACAUAGAUUAAACCGAGUCAAAUAAUCAUGACAGCACACAAAGACAUGGUUGUUUGCAAGCAGGCUUUUCGGUUCAGAAAAAGGCUAAUGGAAAUGGGUCCUUGAGUCUAAAUGCCUCCCAGAAACAUUGGUUGGCUGUGGGUAAGUGCCUGUGAAGUACUGAGGCUCAGAACUUGUAAACAAGAGAUCAAUAACGUGCAGAAUGAGUGACAUUAUGCUCUUUUCGCUGUGCACAGAUUAUAAAGGGUUGUACCAGAGAGAAGAAAGAGCAUGCAAUCAGCAAAACACAGGAUUGUAGAAAGACAUAAAGUGAAUGAAUUAAAUAUGUUUAAGGUGAUGCAUGGGAAAUGAGAAUAAACUUGAACAAAUGAAAUUCUGGUGGAAAAGGUUGUUUUCUGUCUUUACAGGCCCAUUUUAACAAACUAGAAUUUGAUUAAAAAGUGUAUUUCAUAAAAUUCAAUUAAGAAUAUUUAAUUUUUUAAUAGUUAUGAAUAAUAAUACAGAGUUUUAAUCGUUUUAAUAGUUUAAAGCUUUUUAAAAAAAUUGCAUCUUUACAGGCAAAAAUUAAAGGACAGUCCAAAAGCAUAAUUGGGCUUCACCCACCCAUCAUUAGUUUAUGCAUCUGCCUUCUUACACUUUGACUAUUUUGGCUUUCAGCAGAGUUUUGCAGUACAGACGAUGCAGAUGUGGGGCAUAGUUGCAUUUAUCCUUCUUGUCAGACCUUGGCUGUAAGAGAGGCUUUUUUAAUAACAUCUAUAAAGAAGAUAAAAAUAGUAAGCAUUGUUAAAGUUUAUGGAUGUAGGCCAAGGUCAAAUACAGCCUGUGUAAGUAUGCCCUAUUUUGUCAUACUGUUCAUCACAGACUUUGACAUGACCAAUGAAUCUUGACUGCACUUCCAAGGUUUACUUGCCCUCACCAGGGUUUUUCAUCUGGACUUCCUGUCAAGGCAACAAAUGUGAACAUUGAACCAAGGUGGGAUUUAGAGUCACUGUAUGUCAAAACAAGUACCACCAAAUUUAAACUUUUAAUACAUUUUCCCUCCAAACCCAUGCCACACUACACCUGUCAACACUUUGCCACUGUUACAAGAAAUCUACAUUUUGGAGAUCAUUUUUAAUUAAUCUUUAUUUCACUGUUACAACAAAUGUUAGAUUAAGAUGAUUUACAAAAAAAGCUACCCCAGAUCAAACUUGAAAUGACAAUUGCAGAAAUCCAACAACAGAUAAAAUGCCGUUAAUUCUCAGCUAGUAGAAUAAGGCCACUCUUAUCCUACCUCAAUCCACCAUGAGUGGAACACUUGGCAGCAUUAAGGGAACUUUGAGCAAAACAACAACUUUAGUACACCCAGAUGUAUAGUUAAAGUUCUAAGAAUAAUGGCAGAAGUAUGCAUCCUGUUUAGAAGAACAGCAUGAUGUUUAUAAUACACCGGUCUUGGUUUAAUUCAAGGCAAUGAACGUCAACAGGUGUAUAGUAAUAGCAAAGCAGUGAUAGCAUUUGUAAUAAUAAAGUUGGGUAAUUGUAAUUGGAAUUAGAUUAAUUCAAGCAGAAUGAGUUACACAGUUCCACAAUUAACAUAAGCUCUGUAACAAAAUGGUGAGACUGAUGCAAAUAGUGAAAGCAGCUGGAAACCAGGCAGGUCUAUAACAGCAGGAAUGAGGGAGAAAUAACCGCUAUCAGUGACUUUAAUGAGUCCCAAUGAUUCAAAGUGAAGGACACAGGCUAAUGGAGAUUGUUGCAGUUCAGUGUGUUUUUAUGCGCACACCUGGUCCUUGAAGCAUAAACCAUCAUGGAAGUGUAUAUAAUAUUAGUCUAAAGGUAGCUUGAGCUCCAUCUGACUGCACCUAAACAGUGUGAAAACAUCUCACCAUUCAAUCAAUUGACAUGGUGGCAGUCUGAGUGAGAAGGCAUUUUUAUUAUUAUCAUUAUUUUAAUUUUUUGCAAUAGAUCUUCCUGCAAAUGCUCAUUGAACGAAACUGCAGUAUGCAUACAACCCCCAUCUUACUUUAUUGUUUUAGUAAUGAAGUGCCUUGGCAGCUUCCCCUCCCCUCCCCUCAAGCCAUCAUUUCAGACCAUUUCUUGUGAAUCUGCCCAGUUUUGGUCUCAACAUGGUUGUUAAUUAUUAUAAUGAAUUCAAGCCGAUUUCAUCUGAGUUUAUUUCGGUGAGCUUCAUAAAACUACAAGAGAGAAAAGAAAGCUCACACUGUACUUGUUCUCACUGUUCUGUCUGUCAGUCUGAUGUAUUUCAAUUUGGAUACUGACUGUAAAUAAGGAUUUAAGACUGAUUUACUCCAUAGAUAUCAGACCAAAGGCAUGCUUUUCACUUCUGGUAUUAAGCUGAUUAUAACUCAAAGGAAAAGAAGGAAUUAAAGAACAUUAUCAUGUAUAUGUUACAAGCAUGCAAUACUUUUUUGCCAGGACAGGAGUCCUUUUUGAAGUCGGUGAGAUAUUCAGAGUUAAAACAUCUUUAAUGACGGAUCAAAGCGUCUUACUAGACAUAUUAGAAAUUCCCUUUUAGUCCCCAAGCCUUUGAUGUGAGGACUGUUAAACAUUAAAACCAAGAUAUUAUGUAUGUCCUAAACCAUUCCAAACAGUCAGUGGGCAAACCAUAUUUGACAGUAUCUAAUAAUAUUUUAGUAUAUGUGUUUUUUAAAAGUUCAUUCAUCAUUUUUUAGGCAUUUGUAUUCUUCUCCUACAUGACAGUAAGACGUCUAGAUACCAUGACUAUCACCUGCAAAACAACCCCCUCAAUCUCUAUCUUUGGGGAGAAAUGACGUUGUUUUAGUCAGAUAUUCAUACUGGUUUAUUAAUGUGGUAUGGUGGUGUUUGAUGCAUUUGGGGUGCAUUUUUCCUGUGCCCCAAAAAGCAUCUAUCCCUAAAAGUACAGCUUAUGACAUAACUGUGACAAGAAUCUUACGUCGAAUAUAGAAACAAGUGCCCUGUCAGUAACUUGAGACACAAAGAACAUUUCAAUUUACAUAUAUAUUCUUACCCACCAAACAAUAUGAUAUUCCUGCUUUUAAAAAUGUACAUUUUUACGUCUUUUUUUUUUAGGACUUUAUUUUGCCGUUUUCUAUUAACAGACAUACAACUUCCAAACAUAAACCCCCUCCCCCAAGGCUCUUGAAC